CUACUAAAUCUAAAACUCAAAAGGGCCACCGACUUCUCUCACUCGAGGCAUCAAAGAAACCCUUUUUUGAAGCUGCCCUCCCUCUGCCACUCUCAAUCCUCGCAGAAUCUAAGAGGCUAGCAGCUGAAGAUGUUCUUCCACAUAGUUUUGGAACGAAACAUGCAGCUUCACCCUCGGCAUUUUGGCCGCCACCUACGUGACAAUCUUGUUGCCAAGCUUGUGAAAGAUGUUGAGGGAACUUGCAGUGGUCGACAUGGAUUUGUGGUGGCAAUAACAGGUAUUGAGAAUGUUGGAAAAGGAUUAAUACGAGAUGGAACAGGGUUUGUGACUUUUCCAGUGAAGUACCAGUGUGUUGUGUUCCGACCAUUUAAAGGAGAGAUCUUAGAAGCUGUUGUUACCAUGGUUAACAAGAUGGGAUUUUUCGCUGAAGCUGGGCCUGUUCAAAUUUUUGUUUCAAAUCACUUGAUACCGGAUGAUAUGGAGUUCCAAUCUGGAGAUAUGCCAAAUUAUACAACUUCAGAUGGUUCGGUUAAGAUCCAGAAGGACAGUGAAGUGCGGUUAAAGAUAAUUGGAACUCGAGUAGAUGCUACAGAAAUUUUCUGCAUUGGUACUAUAAAAGAUGAUUUCUUGGGUGUCAUCAACGAUCCUGUAACGUCUUGAUCAAACUGUUCAGCUAAUUUUGAUGGCUUGGAAGUCUUUCAACUCCAUAAUGCCAGUCGUACAGUUCUAGAUUAUAAAGUGACAAAAUAUGAUGUGGGUCGCUGCCUCUUCUAUUACUGGAUCCUGGUGGUGAGACGAGUUUUUGGCACGUGGCACUGUAUUCUCUAAGACACUGUUGUUUUGAGUAUCCCAAAACUGGGAAAUUGCCUUCAUUUCAAGUUAUUUAGGAACAUUACUUGAUACUCGAGUCCUUAGAUAAAUUAAGGCCAUGUUUGCUAAUUAUAUUUUAAAACAAUUUUUGGAACAGUUUUA